AUGCCUGGCCUGUGCCAUACUUGCAUAUGAAAUACAGUGAAGUCAACCAGCAGAAUUCAGCUUUCCUGACUCCACCUCCCAGUCUUCCCCCACCCCACCCCAUAUGCUUAAUACUCUGGCACCCAGUCCACCCACUGCAGACUUUGGCCUUAGCUGUAGCUUGUGUGGGAAGACUGGGAGCAAAGUCUCUCAAACAGAGCAAAGAAGAAUUUUCUGUUGUAGUACCUGCUAAGUUUCCCCAGAGGAGCCUUGGCUGCCACCUGCACAUCACUUGGCCUCCAACCAUGUGGCUGCCUCUGUUGCUGGGAAUCUUACUCUGGGCAGCUCUGUGGUUGCUCAGGGACCGGCAGAGCCUGCCCCCCAGCGAUGCCUUCGUCUUCAUCACCGGCUGUGACUCUGGCUUUGGGCGACUGCUGGCACUGAGGCUGGAUCAGAGAGGCUUCCGAGUCCUGGCCAGCUGCCUGACUCCCUCAGGGGCAGAGGACCUACAGCGGGUAGCCUCCUCCCGCCUCCACACCACCCUACUGGAUGUCACUGAUCCCCAGAGUGUCCAGCGGGCAGCCAAAUGGGUAGAAACAUAUGUUGGGGAAACGGGGCUUUUUGGUCUGGUGAAUAAUGCUGGUGUGGCUGGUAUCAUUGGGCCCACACCGUGGCUGACUCGGGAUGACUUCCAUCGGGUGCUGAAUGUAAACACACUGGGUCCCAUCGAGGUCACUCUUGCCCUGCUACCUUUACUGCAGCAGGCCCGGGGCCGGGUGAUCAACAUCACCAGCGUCCUGGGUCGCCUGGCAGCCAUUGGUGGGGGCUACUGUGUCUCCAAGUUUGGCCUGGAAGCCUUCUCGGACAGCUUAAGGCGGGACAUGGCUCCUUUCGGAGUACAAGUCUCCAUCGUGGAGCCUGGCUUCUUCCGAACCCCUGUGACAAAUCUGGAGAGUUUGGAGAAUGCCCUGCAGGCCUGCUGGGCACGGCUGCCUCCAGCCACACAAGCACACUAUGGAGAUGCCUUCCUUACUAAGUACCUGAAAGUGCAGCAGCGUGGCAUGAACCUGAUCUGUGACUCAGACCUAACCAAGGUGAGCAGGUGCCUGGAGCAUGCCCUGACUGCUCGUCACCCCAGAACCCGCUACAGCCCAGGCUGGGAUGCCAAGCUGCUCUGGCUGCCAGCCUCCUACCUGCCAGCCAGCCUGGUGGAUGCUGUUCUCACCUGGGUCCUUCCCAAGCCUGCCCAGGCAGUCUGCUGAAUCCAGCCUUCCAGCAAGAGGUUGUUCUUCAAGUACAAGAACUUUAUUUCUGUCCCCACCCCUGGUACUGUCUGGUGCCUGGCACAAAAUAGGCACACAAUAAAUGUGUUUAGAAAAAAAAAAAAGUAGGUGUGCAGAAAUGAAGGUGCUCCGUUUUUGUUGUUACUAAUCCUCAUCCAAAGAUUGUGAAAGAGACACAUCAUUCGA